GCCGUCCCCCCAGCAACCAUGACUCUACUCCAGUCAACAGUGAUGAUACUCCUCACUGUGUGUUUCCUAAUAGCGAUGCCGCAAUCUUCAGCUUGGGCAACCGGAAGAAGAACCCGACGCUGUCGAGAGCCUGUGAACCGUAAGCUGGACACUCAAGAUCUACUCCAUGACAGUUUCUAUCAAAUCCCCCCUCUCCUCGACACUGUUGCCAACCUGUCGUCAGUCCAGGAAGAGUUCGUCAACUUGAGGUACAUGUUGCUGGCAGGCGAGCCCCAGUGCCCGACGUGGGAGGAGGCCGUGCGGCUCCAUGGGGGGAAGGUCUGCCCCUUCCACUACGUGCUCAACUACGACGAGAACAGAAUCCCCAACACCGUGGUGGAGACAGAGUGUAACUGUGUGGAAUGUCUAAGACCGGACAAUGGCCCCUCCAGCCUGAUGGACUGCCUGCCUAUAAUAUAUUACACCAAGGUGUUCCGCAGGACCGGGUGUGUGGAGGGCGUGUAUCGGUAUGCCGCCAUAUGGGAGCCUCUCAAGAUCGGAUGUCAGUGUGCGCAUGCGCCAAGUCGCUUUACAGAAAACGUCAGAACGAGAUCUCGGCCAUAGGCUCUUGACUGUAUCGCCCGUUUAGAUUUCCCAUUGUCCAAAAACUCAUUUUAUUCAUACUCCUGUGAUUUAUUUAUUGCGAACAGGGAAAUGCGUUC